AUGGCACCCCAGCAAGAUUUUCCCCCCGUGCGCGCCUGUCUCUUCGACAUGGACGGCCUCCUCCUCGACACCGAAGACCUCUACACCAAAGCCGUCAACAUCAUUCUCGACAAGUACGCCCGAGAACCGCUCCCCUGGUCCAUCAAGGCCAAGCUUCAGGGCCGUCCGGGCCCCGCCUCUGUCCAGAUCUUUCACGACUGGGCCAAGCUGCCCAUUACCCAGGAGGAGUACGUCGCCCAGAACCAGGCCCUCCAGAACGAGCUCUUCCCGUCGGCGGGCCCUCUCCCCGGCGUCGUCGAGCUGCUGCGCGACCUCGGCCGGACAAAGGACGUGCAGGACAAGCAGAAGAGGGUGCACAUUGCGCUGGCGACGAGUUCGCACAAGACCAACUUUGAGCUCAAGACGGGUCAUCUUCAGGAUCUGUUCUCCGUGUUUCCCUCUCAUCGUCGGGUCCUGGGCGACGACACCCGUCUCCAGCCCGGACGGGGUAAACCCCUCCCAGACAUCUUCCUGCUGGCGCUCAAGACGAUCAACGACUCGCUCGACCCCGAGGAGAAGCCCAUCACGCCAGAGGAGUGUCUCGUCUUUGAGGACUCUGUCCCUGGUGUCGAGGCUGGGCGUCGUGCGGGCAUGCGUGUCAUCUGGGUCCCGCACGUCGAGCUGAAAAAGCUGUACAAUGGGCGCGAGGGGGAGAUUCUCGCGGGUCGCAUGGCUGAGGCUGGCGAGGUGGACAUGCACCAGCUUGGAGAGAUUGACGAUGGGUGGGGUGAGUACAUGACAUCGUUGGAGAACUUCCCCUAUGGGAGGUACGGGAUGGAGAUCCCGGGCGUGAAUGCUGCCAUUUCGUGA